AUGCCGCUCAAUGUACCGGGCUUGUUGGUUCCUCUGCAACUGCUCUGGUAUCCCAGGGUCAUAGUACCGUCUCUUAUCGUGAAAGCUCGACUUUCCGGCACUGAAAAGGCUGGAUAUCGCGGUGCUAUAUUCGACAAGGAUAACUGCCUUACUCUUCCUCACAAAGAUGAGCUGGUGCCUGAGUUGAAGACCGCCUGGCAAGAAUGUCGAGAGACUUUUGGCGAAGGCAACGUCAUUAUUGUCAGCAACUCUGCUGGGACCCAUUUGGACGCAGGCGGGAUACAGGCUGAAUCGGUCUCUUAUCAUCUGGAUGUACCAGUUCUGAUUCACACAACAAUGAAGCCCUCUUAUUCAUGUAUUGCUGCGAUCCGGAAAUAUCACUCCUCGUUACCCAGCCCAGUCGAAGACAAAGAGUUGAUCAUAGUCGGAGAUCGAUUAUUCACCGAUGUUGUCCUUGCCAAUCGCAUUCGAUCCUGGAAGGGAUGGCGGUCAUUUUUGGGACUGGAUCGUGAACCCCCUUCUGCCAAGGGUGGCCCGCUUGCUGUAUGGACUACAGGAGUUUGGCAGAAGGAGGCAACGGUCCUAAGAUGGUCGGAAAAACAAAUGUUAGCUCUGGUUCAGCGGUGGUCUCGCCCAGGGAUAGAGACUCAGCUAGACACGGGGGCAUUUAUUCGGAAGCCGCCAAAGGAGGAGAAUACAACAAAGGACGCUGGGCUUGGGAAUAUAUUCACAAAACUUGUAUGGAGUUCGAAACGAUCGUCCAUUCCAUCAUCGUCAGGAGGUAUCAAUCCCGCUGUGUCGCUCGUUUCAACAGCCCAAACAUAGUCUACACUAAGCAAUGCUUGAAUCACUCGAGCGCUGCCUCAAAUUGGUUCUUACUGCGCAGUGCAUGUCUUGUAUCUUCUUCUUUUGCUCUUGUCCCCGGGCCCAGUAAGAUCUCCUAACGUCAAUCUCCGCACUUCCUUGCUUCGACAAUGUUUUUCUUUCUGUUUUAAUAUUUUGUAAUGCAAUAACGGGGUCAAAAUUACUCCCGCUGACCAGCACCAACCCCAUCCACAUGUUCAUAUAAGCACUCCUUCGCUCCUAUACGUCUUCCUCUAGUGAUAUAUUCUGCGAAUUGCAGGGGCUGGACCCGUGCUGUUCCUCAGCUUUGAUAGCGCCCCAACGUUUACAUUGUUUUUUGCCACGCUCAUUCAGAUUCGU